UUCUGUUUCUUUUAAUUCUCCUCUUUAUUUUUCUCUGAUUUUGCAAGCUGAGAUAGAGACAACAACAUUUUCUUAGUUUAGUAAUAGCUCAGGAGGUACAUAGUUUCUUCUGGAACUAAAAUAUGACUACAUUUUAUUCAGAUUUAUUUUAGUUAUUGCUUUACAUUUAAAGGUUUAUGGGGUUUUAUGUUUGGUUUGGGGAGAGGUUUGUGUCUCAGGAGUGUUGAUUUUCAACUGAAAGAGCAAAUCUGUUGACUUUUUGGUCACAUGCAUUGUAUUUGCUUGCAGGAGCAUUCAUUUGACUUCCUGCUAGUCAACUAUUUCAAAAACAUUUUGAAAGAUUCUUAUUGUUAUCAAAUAAUUUGUUUCAAACAGACUAUAUCCUAAUGAUUCCUUGUACUUUGUGCUCAAAAAUUCACUGGGUUUCAGAUUAGUUACUAACUUCUUGCUUGUACAGAUUAUUUGGAAAACAACUAGGAACUAAACUUCUUUUUGUACUAUAUUAAUUAUUCAAAUUUCCAUUUGAAUCCUUGAAUUUAGCUCAACAUAUUUAGAGGACAACAAAUGACAGCUUUCAUUCUGUUGCUGGUGUGGGGCAGCUACAAUUGCCAGAAGAAACCAAAGUGAAAUUACAUUAAUGCAAGUUAGAUUAUUACAUUACUUGACCACUAUAAUGCAUUACUCCAGAUAAAGGUGUAUUCAGCUACCUUAGAUGCAAUUCUUUGUAUUUCUUACACAUACUGCCUCGAAUGGAAGGCAAUAAACCGUGAGUGAACUUUAUCUCCUAUGGGCUUUGGGCUGCAAUUGUGAACACCCAGCUCUUCCUGGAGUUAGAUGCCUCAUGCAAGACUCUGAGGAAACUGACAAACACUUAACUUGCAGUCAGCUGUAAAAUCAAAUGACUUCUAAGUCACCACAUGGUACCACCACAGGAAUGAACAUUGCAUGUGUCUAGCUGGCAUCAGAGGUGCACCAGUAACUUGAGCUGGCCUCUGAGCCAUGGCUCAGUCUUGCCCACAGCACUUUUUAUUCUUCCUUCUGUGCCCUUCAGCCUGCUCAGAGAUCCCUGCUGGACUGGUACCAAUACCCACCUUAGCCAGAGUGAAAUAAGCUCAUGCACAUGAACUCAUGCACAAAAGAUGCAGCUGCAGCACACACAUCCGGUCUGGAACAGAGACAGGAAUAGCAUCCAUUUCCUCAAGGUUUCCUACACUCUUCCGUGGUGAAUAGUCCCAACAUCUCGUUCUGCAAAAAUCUGGCACAUCCUGAAAGUCCAUCCUGUAUCCUAAACAAAGACAUGGCCUUGCAAAAUAAAGCAAAGCCAGAACAAAAUAAUACUAAUACUACAUAAUUUAAGAAUGUCCUGAAACAAAUGAGGACUAACAUAAAGUCACAGAAUCAGUCUUCUAAUAUAUCCUAAUUCUGACUCCUUUGUUGUGCAACCUUAAUGAUUUUUUUUUUUUUAAUUGGUCGUGUGCCUACGAUACCUAGGCAAAUUGAAGGGUAAGGACUGAAGAGCUGACAGCAAAUGGGAAAAAGAUACAGCAGAGUUAAAUAGAGUAACAUUAGAAGGUACAUAAUUUAUCUAUAUACUUGGAAGAAGCUUGGUUUUGUAAAGGGCAGGAUGUGAAGGGUGAAGACCUGAGGAACCUCUUGGGAGAAGGGGAAAAGUACUAAGGUAUUUUCAGCUCAAGGGAAGACAAAUUACAGAGGACUGAACUUUGGUUCCCAGCCCAGAACACACUGAAAGUCAUCUCAGCAGGCUAAAGACUGGAAUAGUCCCUGAAGAACUGACAAAAUUUCCCAGCUUUCAAUCUGUUAUUUUUAUUAUGUGUACACAUAGGCUGCAGAAAACUGCUGCUGAGAACAGAAUCCAUCUCUGGUCAUUCCUAGUGACAACCAUCAAAAAAUAGGAGCUGCUUUUCCAAUCAAGGAAGCAUCUUGGUCUAAUACAAUGCUAAAAACUCUGUGAGGUCACUGAAAUAUCAUAUAGAAAAUUUUCAGAUUGGAAGCGGUCAGGGCCAUAGAGAUAGAAACAGGAGAAGGCAAUUAAAUUAUUAACAACCCCUCAGAUUUCUUCUAGCACGAUUCACUCCUCUGGGCAAAAUACAGCAUUGAUGCAGCACAGGAUUCCAAACAAACUCAUUUUUUCAUCCUCUUUAUCAGGAACAGAUUUUUUUAAUAACUUUCUUUUGAAAUGGCAUGGUCCAGUGGCAAACGGUUGGGCGCUGAGGUACGGAGAGGUUUUCCAAGAGCCCAGUGACUCCUGCCUGCCUUGGGUGCUGCUUCCUUUUGCUCCUGGCAGCAGCUCCUCAGGGGGUAGCUCUUCCUCGGAUGGCUUUCCCUGGGGUUUCACGGCAGGGGGCAAAGAUGGUUAUUCCUGGAGGCUGGGAGUGGUUCGCUGCCCCCCGCUUUGCGGGUCUCCCCCCGUCUCGGGCUGCCGGGGCCGGGGAGAGGCUCCUGCCGCCGGCCUGAGGAGGGGGAGGAGGAGGAGGAAGAACAGCGUCUGCGGCUUCGCAGGGAAGUCGGUCAGAAAAGACAGACUCGUUACUGAGAGGAAGACGCAGCACCGCUUUAUCUCUCUUCACGUGUCUUCUCCCCCUGGUGAGCUUUGGUAUAAAUGGAGGAGGAAUUUCAGCAAGCUUGAGCUGAACAACACUGCGGUCUAAAUAGACAACGUGCUUCCUUUCCUACGUUUUCUCUUGCAGAUGGGGCUGAGCUGAACAAGCUCUCCUCUUGAAUCCUGUCAUAAGCACCACCAUGUGGGAACCGGGCUGGACUUGCCAGAGGCUGCAGCAGCAGUCUGGGCGGCCCUGAGCAGAAGCGACGAGUUCUGCCCUCUUCUCUGGGAUGAUUUAAAGAUAAAAUAAGCUGCUCUCUUAACAACCGGUUUAUCAGUCAUGAAACGAAUUCUUCUGGUUUUUAUCCUGGCUGCUGCUGUUAUGUAUGGUAUCCUGCAUGGAAAUCUGUGGAGAAAUAACUUCUACUGGAUUAGCUUUUAUGGACAGACUUCCUCUGUGAGGGCUUCUCCUUCCUAUGUGACUAGUGGAGUUACAAUCAGUUACAAUGAGUUGCCACCUACGGCUGUAGAGAGGAGGAAUGCAUUGGACACUUGUCUCCUGAAACCAGCAUUUGAAUCUUUACUGGGUGUUGACAAAAUAUACCCGUUCCUGUGCGCUAAUGAUUUUAUCAGAGUGGCAGGAUUCCAAGGGAGCAAUAAGUUUGAAUUACCUUAUGGAAUAAAGAGAGCAGAGCAAUUUUUUCGUUUAGCCCUUUCAAGACUGCAGAACUGUGGCCUUCCCAGUGAGGAAGACAGCAUUGCCUGUCGACGGUGUGUUGUGGUUGGUAAUGGAGGAGUACUUCGAAAUAAGACAUUAGGGGAGAAAAUUGACUCAUAUGAUGUCAUAAUAAGAAUGAAUAAUGGCCCUGUGAUAGGGUACGAAGAGGAUGUUGGGAGGAGGACGACUUUCCGCCUUUCUUACCCGGAAUCCAUCUUCUCAGAUCCCAUCCACUACGACCCUAACACCACUGUUGUUCUCAUUGUCUUCAAACCACGGGACUUGAAGUGGCUUUGGGAGAUACUUGGUGGUCAGAAGAUAAGUGCGAAGGGCUUUUGGAAGAAACCGGCUCUGAAUAUGAUCUACAAAUCGAGUCAAAUCAGGAUUCUUGAUCCCAGCAUCACCAGGAAAACUGCUUAUGAGUGGCUUCAUUUCCCAACAAGGUUUCCUAAGAAGGAGAAACCCAAGCAUCCAACAACGGGGCUAAUUGCCAUUACACUGGCAUUUCACAUAUGCCACGAAGUCCACCUGGCAGGCUUCAAGUAUGACUUCACUGACAGAAAUAGUUCUUUGCACUACUAUGGCAAUGAAACCAUGUCUCAGAUGAUGCAGAAUGAAUACCACAACAUCACUGCUGAGCAGAAAUUUUUGAAGAAGCUUAUAGACAAGAACUUUGUGGUCAAUUUGACGUGAAAGCUGAAUGGGAAACACAAAGAACAAUCACUAUUUUCAAGAUUUGAAAAAUUUUUAUUUUUUGUAUGACAUUUUUAUUUUUUAAGUGCAGCAUAACUGUUUACUGUUUAAAGGAGCCCAGAAACCUCAUCAAGGCAAAAGCUUCUAUGCCUGAGGAUAAUGGACUAUUGCAAACAGAGUUAAAUGAAUUUCUGUGAAGCUAUUUAAUAGUGGGAAAACCAUGAAACUUUCAAUUGAAAGUAUCAGGGAUAUAUAAAAACGUGAUGCACAUCACUUACUUACCAGUGAGAACUCUUCUCAGAUGGUUAAUUCUCUGGAAUACUUUUGAUUCUGAUGUUGUUCUCCAAAAGAGUUCCACUGUCAAGAGACUGAGAUGACCGGUGUUCAAUCAGUAGGUGGAUGUAAAGUCAUGAAUAUCUGUCUCGUAUGAAAAUGGCUUUAAAACUAUGCAUCAAAAUCAUUACUGUGAUUGGAGAAGGGGGAACAUAACAGACUGUGCAGGUCUUGUUCUGCCAUACUCCUGAGGAGAGGAUGUCCACCUUCAGCCAAGCAGCCCACAGCUUCUGCACUGACCAUCACCUCUGAGCUUCUGUCUGCCUCUGCCGAAGUUGAAGAGCCUUGGUCCAAUUUGUGGAGAUGUUGGUGUUGACAGUGCUUGUGUUGUACCCAUUUCAUGGAAAAAUCAUACUCCCUGUGCUGUGCAUCCAGUAAAUUCUACACUUGCUGACUUGACUUAAAAAGAGGGAAUAUGAAGACUGAAGAGCUGUCCGAACUUCCUGUGUGUCAGCUCCCAGACCACACCAGAAACACAAGCUUGGACAGAGAUGUUCAUGCCCGAGUUUAGAGUCAAUGUUUGUUGGAGUCCUAGUUCUCCAUGACAGCAUCUCAUGUAUUUUUUCGUUUGCUCCUCAAAAACAGGUGGAUUUUUCCAAACAAGGACAACCUCCUUCCUCAGAUGCUGUAAUACAUCAAUACAAACAAGGAAUACUCCCAUUUUUGGCAGCAGAGUGUGGUAGGGAGUAUCCAGGAUGUACCUCAGCUGAUUUAUCAUUUGGCAUCUGUUUACCUCUUUUGUCUCGAUAUUUAAGAUUCAAGUGCGUGGCUGAACUAAAUCAUUUAGUAAUAGGAACUUAAUUGACAUUUUAAUUGAAACAUUUAAUGGGAUGUCUGUUUCCUGUAUUGGUUUGUCUCUGACAAGCCUGUGAGUAAAUUAAAUCUUCCUGGGAAGGUGCCUGAUAACUGUCAAAGAACAGCAGUAUGCUGUUCCAGUUCUCUCACAGGACACCUGUGUAAAGUUUUUAUUUUAAUUAUGGCAGAAUUCCUGGAAGAUCUUGUGGUUAUCUUUAGCAAUCAUACCUUAAGAAGGCAAAAAUAAGUCCACUUAAAAAAAAGUCUUUGAAGUUGGUAGGAAUACCAUUGUUGCUUUUAAAUGAAAUUAUAUAGAGGGUACAUUUAGGAAUAAUGCAAACAAUAGUGAUAAGAACAUAAACCAUGGUAUUUGUUAUUUUCAGAAGCUGAGGAUUUCAAGAGUACUGAACACAAUUUAUUUUACUGCAGCUAUAUAGAGGAAUAAGCAUUGAAGUAACCAAAGAGUCAUCUUUCUUGUGGGGUGCAGGGGUACUUAAAAAAACCCAACAAAACCACAAACACCUUCCCAUAGUUCUCGUUUCCAGCUUUAGCUCCUUGGCUCUGCCCUUUGGGAAUUAGGAAGGGCAGUAUGGUCUGGAGAGGUGCCAAAGCUGAAGGGGAGGAGGCUUGUGUUUCCACUCAGUGAUUCCUGAGCUUUGGUCUAUUUUCCAGCAAGCUGGACAUACCUGAAAUAACUCAAGAUGUCAGAAAAAUCUGUUGCAUGAGGUGGGUAUGGAUGCAGGUGUGUCCCAGCAAGGCACAGGGUGUGCCAUGGUGUCUUGUCUGCUGUGUGUCCCAUGGGUGCAAUUGCACUCCAGCUGUGUGCAGGGUGGCAGGUGGGAGUGUGGAGGAGAGGGGAGAGUGUGGGAGGGUUCUGGGCCACUGGAACAGGUGACUCUGGUGUUGGAAAUGGAGGAAAUCACAAUUUCUUCACCAUCUGGCAGAAGGGCUAUUAACUUUUUGUAAUCUUUAUUUUUUCCCAAGACUUUGAAGAGGUCUUUGCUUGAAAAUCUGAAUACAAACAAGUGGGGUUUCACUUAAGAAAAUAAUGACAGUAUUGUCUUUGUCACUACCAGUAUUUAGUUCUCCUGGUUAUUUUGGUUAAUUAAAAAGGUUUGUAUAUGAUUCUGCAGCCCCAGAUGUACAGUGAUUUAAACUCCUGACAAUAAUAAUUCCACCUGCAAAAGUUGCUGUGGCAAGGCUUUUUGCAGGCAUAGCAGUGUUCUCCAAGCUGUUGCUGUGGAGGAGCCCCUGGUAGAUCUUGGACUGUGUUGAGAGCCAAGGCUGGCAGAAGUGGGGGGCUGCCCCUUCACCCUCAAAAUUCACUAUUGCUUCCAGAGCUGGCACCCCCAGCUCUCCCAAUGGCUGCUGCCAUGGUCCAGCUGCAUCCAUGUAACAUCUUAAAGGAUGCUGUGCAGGAGGAUUCUUUUCCCAGGAGAACUGUUGAAUUUGUUUCAGACACUGUGGGGAGAGUUCUUGUGAUGGUGCACACUGCAUCCCUCUCCUUCUCCACUCCUGUCCCCAGUUCCAGGAAGUGGGUAGGGAGCUCUGCUUUUGAAGAUGUGGUUAUUUUCUCUGCUUUAUUUCUUCUCCAGAGGUACUUUUCUCACUAAUCUAAACUGAUUCCUCCAGUUUUUCUAGUAGGUUUUCUGUUUUUUUGUGGGGGGAUGAGAUUUGGAUUCUAGCUGUAGCAGAACAAACAAAAUAAUUGAAACAAAAAAAGCAGCUUCAUGGCAAAUGAAUGGUGUCUCCCAAACUCUUUGUACUUAAAAAAAAAAUCCCUUUAGUCUUUUUUACUUUUGCCACAUCAACUUUUUGAUCUCCCUAAAGUACUUUUCUAAAAUAAUGUUUGGUGUUCUCGAUGAAUUUAAUAAUGUUCUCUAAAAGCACUUGUCCAUAUCAGCUGUUUCUUUUUAUAUCCUAAUAAACCUUCCCAUUGUAUGACUGACUUAUUUUUCAAAUUAAGCAGUAUUUUCAGGGAUAUUUUUCUCCCACUUCUGUGCUCCUGCCAGGGGCAUUAAGUCCAUAGUUAUUGUCCCAGGAUGACUGGGUAAUACUUUGAAUGAAACCCAUUCCCUCAGGAUCAGGCCAAGAGCUGAUGCUGCUUGUAAACCAUGUGGUUUUUUGUUUGUUUGGUUGUUUUGUUAUUUUGUUUGUUUUUCAAGUUUUGUUUUAUUGUUGUUUUUGUUGGUUUUUUUGUUUGGGUGCUUUUUUGUUUGUUUUUGGUUUUUUUUUUUUUGAAAGCCCAGUUUGCAGGCCAGUAGCAUUUCUCCUCAGUAAUAAGUAAAGCAGUAAGUAAAGUCUCCUCAGUAAAGCUAGGUACUGACUUUUUUUUCCCACAAGAUGUUUUUAGGAUCCUGUGUACACCAGCUCUGCUCCACCACCUGCUUCAUGCACAUCAUUCCUGAUACUCUGCCUCGAGGAUGAGUCUUGCUUUGGCACUAACUUCAUCCAGGCAGGAGCACCCACGUGUAGUGUUUCCCAGCAGUGCUCACAGGUUACACUUCUGUUCUGCCUGAGCACACAUUUUCACAGGUGUUUUGCAGUACCAAAGACUUGACUUGGGGCUUUUAGAAUAAAACAAUAAUGCUAACACCAAAUAUUUAGAUAGUUUCUGAGUGUGGGCUGCUAUUAAGACUUCCUUUUUCCCUUUUUGCCAUUCCUGAAAAUGAAAUCUCUGCACUGAAACUUCCCUUUAAAACCUGUC